AUGGCCGUGAACGGCACGUUCGUGAGCUUCGACGGCGGCGUUCAACAGUUAGAAGGGGAAGACACCAGACUGAUCGUGCCGGCCGUUCUCAGCGCGAUCAGCGCGCUCGGGGUCGGUGGGAACGUGCUGGUGCUUGUGGUACUGAUCUACGUGUCCGCCAGCCAGGGCGCAUCCGAGGCGAACGUGAUGCUCGCCAACUUGAGCGCGACCGACUUGAUGAUGCUCUCCGUGUGCGCCCCGGCGCGCGCGCUCACGUACUACAAGCGCGCUUGGACGCUCGGGCUGCUGGCUUGCAGGACCACGGAGUGGAUUCAGCACAGCUGUCUGGCAGUCAAAGCGUUCACGCUGUUAGCCACGAGCCAAGCGCGGCACAACUUUUCCAGUCAUCCCAGCGCGCGGGCCAGUUUUCGCCAGAAGAACGUCGCGAUCACCUUAACGAUCAUAUGGACCGUCGCGCUCUUGUUUCCGGUUCCCGAUAUCGUUUUCUCCAGGUUAAAAGAAGAGGGAAAUAUCAGUCUGUGCGUGUCCGAAUUAACUUUUUACUCCCAAGAUGCAAUGCACGUUUUCAGUAAGAUGCUACCGUUGGGCAUCUACGUUCUUCCCAUCGUCCUCUCUGCCGCAUGCCACAUCAGGACCAUCUUCCUCAUCAAACCGACUUCCCACGACGAGUCUCUCCUCGCACGUCAGUACGAGAGCUCUUUGAUGUAUUUGUGCGUGCUCGCCCUGAACACGCUGACGAUGCUUCCCGAGUGGGUCUCUUGGACGUGGACGCGCCACGGAUCCGGCGACAGCUGCAAGCCGUCGGCCGGUUUGCUUAUUUUCGCUCAGGCGUGCGUUUACCUGAGCAGCAUGUUCUUUCCCGCCGUUCUCCUGACCAUGCACGUGCCCCUCAGAGAAAGCCUCGGCGAUCUGUGCUCACGGUUGGCUUGUCGACGCGAUAAGCACGGAGCCAAACUCGAAGGGAACGGGAACGAGAUGCGCGCGGCGGUCAUGCGGGUGUUGGACGAGCGAGGGUGCGUGGCCGUGAUGGAGAGGCGUUCGGACGCGUCCUGUCAAACUCUCCCGGAUCUCGAGCACUUCUGGAGCGAGCGCCGAAACACCACAGUCGCGGAGGACAGUGACCCGUUGCCGUGGGAACGGCUGAAUCAAAGCAACGUUGAACUCUAA